AUGUUUGACAUUUUGUUGUCAAACAAGGGAAAAAAGAUAUAGUUUCUACAUAAAACAAUUAGCUAGGGAAUAAGCAGCUACAACUCCGGAAUGAAAAGUUUUUUUUUUCCAAUGUGCCACACAAAACGGGACGACAAUUCAGUUAAAUCACUCGUUGCAUAUUAAAAAUUAAUUUUGUACAUUGUAAAAAUAUAGAGAAGAAGAAAUAAAACGAUGGCAAGUGAAACAGAUCCAGAUGGUGUUAGCCUAAAUGGUGAUUGUGAAAUAGACGACGAUGAUACAGCGCUUAGUCCAUUAAGUUCGCUGCUUGUGCCUGAAAUUGCAUUAUCCGAUGGAAACGAUUUCGACGAUGGAAACGAUGAUUUUGACGAAAUAAAUGGUCAAAAUGGACCGGACACCAUAGUAAGAAAUGGUAUACGGUCGUAUAAAUGUGACGUGUGUGAGAAAGAGUUCAAACGGAAGGCUCAUUUAAGGCGCCAUUAUCGCCUGCACACGGGCGAACGUCCCUACGAUUGUCAAUGGUGUGGUCAAACAUUUGCACGUUCAGAGCAGAGAAAUCAGCACAUUGCCCGAGAACAUAAGCAGUCACACAUUACCUGUUCGAUUUGUAGCAAGGGUUUUCGUACCGACGAAGAGCGCAUGAAUCACAUGGUGUUGCAUUUGGAAAACAAAUACUUUCGAUGCACAAUUUGCAUGAAGGAAUUCGACAAAGCCAGUGCAUUAGCCGGUCAUAUGCGAAUGCAUACACAACACGAACCGAUCAGUAUAUCGCGUAAGACGUUCAAAUGCACCACGUGUGACAUGGAAUUUUCGCGAUUCGACCAUCUCAUCCGCCAUCAAACCGUGCACUCAGGUGUAAAAAUGUUCCAGUGCAAGUAUUGUAUGAAACGUUUUACACGAGCCGACAAUCGAACCAAACAUGAAAAAACGUGUCGCAUCGGCAAACCAUCGUCACCAUCGAAUGAAGAAGACAACGGCGAGGUAAAAGAUGAUUUACAAAUCAAAACCGAACCCGAGCACAUGGAUCCAUUGGCGAUUAUCAAUGUGGCAUCGAUUCCAGAACAUUAUUUCGAAGACAUUGAUACCAGCAACAACACAGACGAUUUACUCGACAACAUCGAUCUGUUCCAAGAUGAACCGCAACCUGAAGAGAGUCUCCUUCAAAUUGAUCAGACGAAGUGCGUCGUCAAUGCCGCUGAAUAUGUACGCAUGAAACAAAGUGAAGCGGAUAAGGAUCUGAAAAAAAUGGGCGGCAUUCGCCAGAGAGUCGAACGACCGAAAUUAACAAAAGAAGAGAUUGAAACACUCACAUGCAAUAUUUGUGGUAAAACCCUCGCACAGAAAUAUCAUCUCGUUCGUCACAAAGUCAUUCAUCUCAAUCAAAAGCCAUACAAAUGUUUGAGGUGCUCUCGUUCAUUUGCCCGGCGCGAACAUCUACGACAUCAUUUAUUCACUCACAAAAGACAAUCGGACAAGAUGAAUCAAUUGCAAGAAGCACACAAAAGAGAUAUUCGAUCUACGACUCCACAAAAAACUGUGAAAAUCGAACAAAACACACCAUCCGCAUCGUCUUCCCAUACAUUCAAACGCGAUGACUUAACUGGAACGUUGCGACAACAGCUACUCCAUCGAUUCAAACUGUUUGCAAUUAAGCUGAAGAAUGAGAAUAUGAAUCGCGAGAAUGGCGAUUUCUACGAGCAAUGUUUCAAUUUUAUGGGCAAUUUACUUUUGUCCAAUAUCCAGGGCGUUAGCAAAGAAAUGUUCUCGAUUGUCUCCAGUACCAGCAAACCAAUGCCAAUUCUAAAAACUCCACCUGCCCCAUCACUGCCAACGGUCACAAUUAAACGUGAAGAUGGCAAUUUAUUCGUUAAAAAAUUCUCAUGUACCAAUUGUGACGCUACCUUCCCGAGUCUCAGGCACCUUGAAAGACACGCCGUUCAGCACACUGGUGAAAAACCGCAUAUCUGCGAGGUGUGUGGCAAUCGUUUCACCCGAGCAGAGCACAAACGAAGGCACAUGGCCAUUCAUACGAAUUCACAAAACUACGAGUGUGAAAUAUGUCUCAAAAAGUUCAACCGUUCCGAUCAUAUGGUCGCCCACUUCAAGGUACACCACCAAGGUAUCAAGCCGUACAAGUGCAAGUUUUUGUGCGGAGAGCGAUUUGACACGUUCAAAGAGAAACUGUACCAUUCGCGACAUUGUAUGUUUAUACCGCCAGCACUGGAUCCAAUGGAUAAAGACGAUGAAAUGAUGCCGAGCAGUGGCGAAUCACAAGAAGACGUUCCAAUGCCCGACGACCCAUUCGCCAACGGUCAAUUAGAAACUGACGAUCCACAACAGUUUCAGAGUCAUUUCAUUAAAACGGAAAACGAUUAUGUGGAAGACAAUUAUGAUGAAAUGUAUGGUUAUUAGCGCGGUUUUUCUUUCUUUUAAAUUCUUAAGUUAUAUCGUUUGGUAUAAGCUAAGCAAUCAUUUUAUCUAAUUCCCAACAUUAAUUGUAACGAAAUUCUACUUCUUUUUUAAUCUCAUUCAUUUGCUUUAUUUUUAUUCAGGCGUGGAUUAAAUAUAUAGGGAAUCGUAACAAUUUUAAUACUAAAAAGAAAUUUUAACUCAGAAUAUUUUCAAAAAGCAAAGGAUAAAUAAAGCGUAUAUUUUGAAUGAAGUGUACAAAAA